UUAUCAACGGAAGUGUUCAGUGCGUGCAGUCUAUGAUCGCUCCCACUUAUUUCUAAUGCUAACUCUGGGUCCUUGUUGGCCCUUUAGUGAGAAUUCAGAGUGCAUCAGCUGCAGCCAGCAGAGUCAGCCCGGAUCGUCUGUCAGCUCGUUCAUAAGUCACUGAGGAUACUGAAGCUGUUAGUUCCAAGAUGAGGCUGCUGCCAGUUGUUGUUACAGUGUCAUUGACGGUGGCGGUCGCUUAUUAUGUUUACAUCCCGCUGCCUGAUGCCAUCCAGGAGCCGUGGAAGUUGAUGAUUCUGGAUUCUGGAUUCCAGACAAUGAUGCACCUGGCCUCUUUGAAGGCUUGGCUGGGCUUUGGCAAUUACAUCGAGUCAGUCAGGCAGUCUAUAGAGGGCUUCGAGGGCAUGAUGAAGGGGCUGCACAGUUCUGAGCCCGGCGGAGGGGUCAUGCCCGGAGUGAAAGUCAGCGACAUCACUUUUGUCGGCGUCCCAGUCCGUGUUUAUGAGCCCCCUGCUGGAGGGGAGGGGCAUCUGAGGAGAGGGUUGAUGUUUUUCCAUGGGGGAGGCUGGGCCUUCGGCAGUGCUAAGAAGGGGUCAUAUGAUGUGAUCAACCGGAUGCUGUCCGACGAGCUCAACACUGUUGUGGUCUCCGUUGAGUAUCGUCUGUAUCCAGAGGUGCAUUUCCCAGUGCCGUAUUUAGACUGUCUCGCCGCUGCCAAGCACUUCUUGUCCCCAGAGGUUCUGGCCAAUUAUGCAAUUGACCCAGAGCGUGUGGCUGUAUCAGGUGACAGUGCAGGAGGAAACCUGGCAGCUGCAGUCGCUCAGGAGAUUUCCAUAGAUGACACUACGAGUGUGAAAUUCAGUGUCCAGGCGUUGAUCUAUCCAGUGCUCCAGGCUCUCGACUUCAACACGCCCUCCUACUUGCAGAACCAAUAUGUACCCAUCCUCUACCGGAGCCUCACUAUCCGCUUCUGGCUACAGUACCUCGGUGCUGACCUCUCCCUGGAGUCCCAGUUGAUGGUGAACAACCACAGCUCCUUACAUGACUCAAACAUCACCCCAGAGUUGAGGGCACGACUAGACUGGACCACCCUCCUGUCCCCAAAAUACCAGAAGAACUACAAGCCUCUGAUUGUGAAAAAAGGUUCACAGGGGGCAGCAAAGGUGCCAGGGCUGCUGGACGUGAGGGCAGCACCACUGUUAGCAGGACCAGAGGUUUUGGCUAAAUGCCCUCGGGCGUACAUCCUAACGUGCGAGUAUGAUGUGUUGAGGGAUGACGGCCUGAUGUACGCACGGCGCUUACAGGACGCAGGUGUCACCGUUACCAACGACCACUAUGAGGACGGCUUCCACGGAUGUUUCAGCUUAAUAAACUGGCCUUUUGAAUUUGAUGUAGGGAAGAGGGCACUCAGGGGUUACCUCAACUGGCUCAAGAACAACUUGUAAGAGGAUGUAUGUUUGUGUUUCACUGAUACAAAUGAAUGAUACACAGACUUGCUAAGGACAUGUGCAUUUGCUCUUUAUGUAAGAAUAUAAGAUCCAAGCUCAGGGCCCUCAUGUACCUGCAGAUAUACAGGCACCACCUUUGUACAUACAAAGUACAUGAUUUUAAGAUGACUCUUUAAGUUCUGCAGUGGAGAAGGGCAAAUAUGUUAACUUUAACAUGGCUGACACUGUGACCAGCAGACAAAAUAUUUAAAGAAUAAUUUUGUUAUUUUUAAACCUGGGACAUAUUGUCACAUAUUUUGGUAUCAUUUUGAAAUCUUAUGAGAGGCGAGUUUUUGCAGGAAACGCCAGUGGAAAUGAGGGAGAGGAUUUUGUUAUGUAUAUAGAGGAACUGCUAGCAAGACUUUGUUUCCUAACAUUACUUCAACGCAACAAACUUAUCAGACACCUCGUAUAACAGUCUGAGCCUGUCAGUGGUAAAAAGAAGUACUUUCGUGGACGUAAUUGCCUCACAAGGUAUAUGUUGCAGCUGCUGGCUGAAGCCAUCUACUGCCAUGACAAAACUUUUUGUAAAAUAUGAAAAUGGGGCCCAGGUUUAAAAAUACCAAAAUUACCCUCUAAUAAACACUUGGACACAUAGCCACAAGCUUUCCAUUAAUGGAUAAAUUAACCACUGGGAGGAGCCACAUCACACACUGAUUCUUGUCCACACCACAAAUACAUGAGCAGUAUGCCACAAGGGUAUGUAAUUGGGAGAAGUACUUUAAGUAUGAAGCCCCUAAUCAAAAGUUCAUGUUAGUGAGCAGUGUUGAAAAAACAACAAACAUUCUGAAUCCGCAGGUCACGUUUUGUCAUAAUACCUCACAAAUCAUUGUAUUGCUAGUGUUAAAAUAAUAUGAAACCUGGUUUGAUUCAAUCCAGUUCAUUUCAUCAGUGUUUAGGACCUAUUUUGGUGAAUGGCACUGGGGAUGCCACUGUCAGUCAGUUGGUCUGUCCACCUGUUACAGUUAGACUUUCAUAGAGAACGCAAACACAGAACCAGAAAUUCAUGUUACACAUGAUUUUAUUUCGCAGAUAAUCAGAUAUGCACGUAGCAGACUCCAGGGAUCAGAGAUAGUCCAAGGGGUUCCAAGGGAAAGCUGGGCUAGGCAGAGGAACAGGCAGGGGGAUGUCCAAUAAAGUCCAGAACGCCAGGGAGAAUGUUGCUGACCAAGUGUCCAGUUAUCCAUAGAUCUGCGAAGUGAAGCAGAGGCAGGAGUAGGGUCAUCAUGAAAUUUGUCACACGCCUCCACCUCAGAAUCAUUUGUAAUAGUUUUGGUGAUCUCUUAACUUUCCACCCAGCGUAAUAAUUAGUUCACAUUGUAAUUGUGCCAAAACUCUGCUUCAUGAUAUUCUUCUACUACAAUGUUAACAUCAAACAUGGUACAGGACAGUUAACAAAAGUAAAUUAUAUUGUAUCUUGUAAUAUUCAUCAAACUUAAGGCACACUAAAGUAACACCCAUUCUGUAGAAGGUGACAUCUUCACUGACAUGAUGUUGGCACUUGACAAUCACUAACAACAUGCACUAUUUUCAUCAAGUUUCAUUCUAAUUAAUUUUUUUAUUGUGUGUUACUUACAGGACAUUCUAUGCAUCUGAACAUGCCCUUAAUUUACUAUGAAUGAAAUGUUUGUGAUUAUAGAUGCCUGAUACUUAUGGGAUAUGAAUGAAUUACUGAAGUUGCAAUCACUUUUAAAAUUUGCAGCCUUCUGCUGUCUUCUACUAUGCUCGCUAUUGUGAUUUAUGAAGGGACUGAUGAAUGGUGUCAAUAAAAAUCAUGCUAAUAAAGCCUAAAUUGUUGUGUUUAUUUGCUACUUUUGUGUUUUAGUUUUCAGUGAAGCUGCUGUCUGCACGACCUCCCUCAUUAGUGACAUUCAUGUUUCCCACAAUGUCUUUCAGCUAGUAGUAAAGUAUAAGUGUGAAUAUUG